UGAAGGUGAUUAUUAUAAAGGCAAUUUUCAGAGGCAGUUGUCAAUUUAGUCUCUUCUACUGAAUAUCACGCGAUUCUCUCUCCCAAUAUUUUAUGGAAAGUGGAAACACAGAGCCUCAGUUUCCCCUUGUUCUGGAAAUACAUAAACUCUCUCUUUUUUAAGUUUUUUUCUUCACAAUUUUCGUUGAUAAUUUCUUGUUGUUCUGAAUAAACAAACCUCUCCAUUGUAUGGAAAUAAUUUCGUAGUUUCAGGCAGGUGAUUUCGACAAGGGAUCGAGAAAGAUAAAAGUAACAUACACAUAAAUUAUGGAUUUUGAAAGCGAGAAGAGAAAGCUUACAAGUCCUAACCCAUGGCAGAGGGAUCCAAAGGAAGCAUCAAUUACCUUUGAUGAUAUGAAUUACUUAAUGAACCAUGCUUUGAAGCGUCCCAGUUUGCUGCACUUUUGGUUAAACAUAACAUAUGUUUGGAUAUGUAUACCAAGAGAGCUGUUUUGAAAGCUUCUCCAUCUAUUGUUGGUCUAAUGUCUUAUUCAGGAAAGGAGGAGAUAUUUCAAGGUUCUGGAACUAUUAUAGAAAGUGAUGGUAACAGUGGUGUUAUAUUAACUUCUGCUAGUUAGGUGUCGUAUGGGCAGAAAUUCAGUAGCAGAUGAUGUAAAGGUUGUUGCACACCUAUCAAAUGGUAAUUCAUUUGAUUGUCAAAUCUUGGCAUUUGGUUUCCACUAUUAUAUUGCUGCCUUAAAGAUCCAGUCAGAGUCAGAUGCUCCACUCCCAACUGCAUGCUUGGCACAUUUGGAUGAUUCUAUCUCAGUUGAUCCCAAUCAGCUUUACAUACCUGAAGAAAAACCUUUUCAGCUUUGCCCACAUUCAAAAUCAUUUAAUCUCAUCCCUGGGGAUACAUUAAUUGCGCUUGGACGUUAUUUUAUAAAGCCAUAUGAUGUCAUGGCUACUAUUGGUGAAUUCAGUCUCAAUCGCUGUGAAUAUGAUUGUAAAGAGCUGUUGAGAGUGAACUGCCAAAUCACAAGAGUUGUUGCACACCUAUCAAAUGGUAAUUCAUUUGAUUGUCAAAUCUUGGCAUUUGAUUUCCACUAUAAUAUUGCUGCCUUAAAGAUCCAGUCAGAGUCAGAUGCUCCACUCCCAACUGCAUGCUUGGCACAUUUGGAUGAUUCUAUCUCAGUUGAUCCCAAUCAGCUUUACAUUCCUGAAGAAAAACCUUUUCAGCUUCUCCCACAUUCAAAAUCAUUUAAUCUCAUCCCUGGGGAUACAUUAAUUGUGCUUGGACGUUAUUUUAUAAAGCCAUAUGAUGUCAUGGCUACUAUUGGUGAAUUCAGUGUAACUCUGUUGAGGGUGAACUGCCAAAUCACAAGAUGUGGCAUUGGGGGCCCAUUUAUCAACUAUUAUGGGGAAGUUAUAGGAAUCUGUUUUCAUGAUUUGGGUUUUACUCCUUUUUUGCCAAUUAAUGUAGCUUCCAAAUGGUGGGAGCACUACAAGAGAUGUGGGGAACCCGCCCCUUGGCUUGGAAUGGAAGUUACUAACCUUUAUGCAGCUGAUGUGAAUAUUUUAGAGAAGAUCAUUCAAAAGUUCCCUAACGUAUUUAAGGGGGUCAUUGUUGAAGAGGUUAUGGCGGGCUCAUCUGCUGAUUCUGCUGGGAUAAGUCCCAAUGAUGUUAUAGUUCAGUUUGGAGGAAAAACAAUAAAAAGUUUUUUGGAGUUAUUUGAAGCAAUGUGGGAUAAGGUUGGGGAUCCAGUGGAGGUGAUUGUGAUACCAGCAAGUAAUAGUGUUCCUUUGCGUCUUAGUAUGGUGGUGGAUGAGGCUACAUCAAAUAAUUUGUAUAGCUGGCCACUUUGGGAACAUGCGAGAUGAUAUUGCGAUCCGUGGAAGUCGCAGGUGAUAGGUUUUUGAUAUGUGGUUUAUGUUUUUAUUGCCAUUGUUGUAGUGUAGUCCACGGCUUCAUUUUCUGCUUUGUUUUGUAGAUGAUGAUGGUGAUGGCAGAUAAGAUAAUGAGCUUAUUAAUGUAUUGCCACAACAUUCUGAGAUUUAAUAAAAAGUUUGAUCAAAGGAUAUUUUUUUUUUU